GCUCCAAUUGAAACAGAUCUGCCAGUUCCUCUGCCUGUCUGAAUCCUCCUCCGUCUCAACAGAACACCACCCAGAUCAGAUCAGUUGCGGAUUUUGUAGUUUGUGUAGAUUCAGAGAGGAUUAGUUUGUGCCCAUGGGAACAGCUGUGAAUGCAGUCUCCAGGAAGGAGGCAGCUAGAAGCUUAGCUGAUCUGAAACCUACUGUAGUGUUUGUCUUGGGUGGUCCAGGCAGUGGAAAGGGUACCCAAUGUGCAAACAUUGUUAAGCAUUUUGGGUUUACCCAUCUCAGUGCUGGUGAUCUUCUACGAGCUGAAAGGAAUUCUGGUUCUGAAAACGGAACCAUGAUUUCAAACAUGAUCAAAGAAGGACAGAUUGUUCCUUCUGCAGUGACAAUUAAGCUUCUGGAGCGAGCAAUGCUGGAGAGCGGUAAUGACAAGUUUCUCAUUGAUGGGUUUCCUCGUAAUGAAGAAAACCGUGCUGCAUUUGAGGAUGUGACUAAAAUUGAGCCCUCAUUCGUCUUGUAUUUUGAUUGUUCUGAAGAGGAGAUGGAGAAGCGCCUUUUGAGUAGAAACCAGGGAAGAGAUGAUGAUAAUGUAGAGACAAUAAGGAAGAGGUUUAAGGUUUUUCUAGAGUCUACUCAAAAAGUGUUGGAGCAUUAUAAUGCUCAGGGGAAGGUUCGAAAGAUUGAUGCUGGGAGGCCUGUUGAAGAGGUUUUCGAGUCAGUGAAAGGCAUUUUUGGCCCCAAAGUUGAGAAGGCAGAUUAGUUAUUGUGAAGGGGAUUUCAGUACUUGAGAUUUUUACUUCUAUGGAUGCAUUUCCUACAGUUACUUACCUUAUGUGUUCUGUAUCAAAAUCUUAAUAAUUCAUGAUUGUUGCCAUUUUGUUUGGUGCUUUCAUUUGAUCAUGUAAUAGUGAAUACAGUGGAGUGAGUUUUGCUCUAUUGUGUUCUAUUGUGUAUCAUUUCCAGAUUGCUGAUUUCAUAUAGAUGAUAUUAUAUGAU